GUUGACUUUCCACAAUGAAAAUAUAAAAAUUGAAGACGCCAUUUUGAAGAAUUAGACUUGUUUCAACCAGUUAAUGUAGAAAUAAUGUCAAAAUAAUAGAAGUGAAAAAACACCCAAAAAAACCUAGCCAUGAACCAGUAUCCUGGUUUCGUCCCAAUGAUGGUGCCCCAGCACUACAUGGUGGCUAUGCCAGGGCUCCCACUGCCACCAGGACUGCAAGCCGCCCAUGCUCACCAGGCAGCCCUGCAGCAGAUGAUGCCGCCUUCGGUUGUCCCUCACCCAGGAGUUAUGGCCCCUGGUUCUGUAGCUCAGCCUGGCAUCGCUCUGCCUCCAGGAACUCCGAUAAGUGCACUGACUGCCUUACAACAGCAGCAGGAACGCAAGCUGCAGGUCACUCCACCAGAAGGUGCACCACAGUUUCAGGAUGUUAGACAAAACAGUUUCCCCGGCCUUCCUCCUAUGGGGUUUCAGUGGCCACCUCAACAACUAGAACAGCUGCAGCUACAGCAGCAGCAGCAAUCGAUCCUACCCGAAGAGCCUGGGCAGGAGGAUGUAGGUCUCGUGCUGGACGAUUACAACUCUGAUCUCAGUCUUGUGUUGGAUAAUGAUGGGUAUGGUGGUUUUCCUUUGAAUAAACCGUCCGGAUUUUGUUUCACUUGGUCUGGAGUUCGAUGUACAUACGGUGUUUGCAGGGGCAAGAUUUUGUACGAGGUGCGUAUCACAGAAGAGCUGGCCACCGACUUUGGCUCUGACCACAAUGAGGAAAACCCACACAUUCUGAGAGUCGGCUGGUCCAUAGACAGUUCAUCCUUUCAGCUAGGAGAAGAGCCCUGGUCCUACGGUUAUGGUGGAACCGGCAAGUUCUCGUCCAACAACAAGUUCGUUAAUUACGGCCAGCGGUUUGGUCUGAACGAUGUCAUCGGGGCCAUGUUGGAUCUGGACUCGAGGCCGGCUACUAUCUCCUACAUGAAGAAUGGCAAGUUGCUGGGUGUGGCCACGCAGAUCCAGGGCUACCCGGUGGGCAACAAGGACAUGGCUCUCUUUCCACACAUCUUGACAAAGAAUUGCAGAUUCCGAGUUAACUUGGGCCAAGAAGAGCCAUGGUUUCCUCCUGAUGGGGAUUACAAAUACAUCGGACAGAUUCCGCUUCAGGAACGAGUGCAGGGACAGCUUCCACCAGCUAAAUUUUCUGACUGUGAGAUGAUAAUGAUCAUAGGACUGCCAGGCUCUGGUAAAACCACUUGGGCUAUUAACAUGCAGAAAAACCAUCCUGAAAAGAGAUACAACAUCGUUGGUUCAGACACACUGAUUGACAAAAUGAGAGUCAUGGGUCUGCCUCGAAAGCGCAACUACCACGGAAGAUGGGAAAAUCUGAUAGACAAAGCCACCAAGUGUUUGAAUAAGCUGUUCUUGGUCGCAAGCAAAAAGAAGCGUAAUUACAUUUUGGAUCAGACAAAUGUAUACCCGUCGGCACGUGUGAGGAAAAUGAAAAACUUCAACGGCUUUUUCCGCAUCGGUGCCGUUGUCCAGCCAGACGACGGAGAAUUGGAAAGGAGAUCCUGGAAGAGAACCCACGAAGACGGCAAAUUCGUUCCCGAAGAAGCGGUGAUUGAGAUGAAAGCAAAUUAUGUUCUGCCCGAUGAAGGAGACCCACUGUUUGACAGGAUAGACUACAUAGAGCUGCCGAGACAUGAGUGUGCACCUCUGGUAGAACAGUACAGACAAGUGAAAAACUCCAGACGCUUCAAACAGAGAGACCUUGGUUGUCAUCCACCAGAAAACCAGCCGACUGGGAGUGCACCUGGAAUGGCUCCCAUGGUGAUGCCGCCAAAGAGCUUCUUGCCGAACCAGGGCCCGUCGCCACUCCAGGAUCGCAUGUUUUCACAGCCUCCACACCAGAUGAAUUACCCCAAGCAGGGAUACGACGACGGCUUUGAACCUCCAGCCAAGAGAGCCAAACCCGAUUCUGGGAGUGCACUCGACUUCAUCAAGCAGGAGUAUGCGGAAGAUGAUCAGUCACAGACAUACGGACAGCCUGGUAGGAUGGACAAGCAGCCGGCAAUAAAAGAGGAGGCCAGGUGGGACCGGGCUCAGUAUGCUGGAGGACAGUUACAGAAUGUUUCACAGGGACAGAGAGGCUUCAUACCUCACUUGCAACAGCAGCAGCUGGGUCAGCCAGGAUUUGGUGCUCAGCUUGGAGCAGUUCGACUUCCUCAACCAGGCGGUAUGCCUCAGGUGACCACGGUCGGACUCAGCAUGGCACAUAUAUCCCAGCCACCACCGCCACCACCACCACCUCAGGCUGGUUCAGAAAGCCAGGAACUUAAUCCAAACUGGCAGAACCGUAAUAACCCAGAGGCUCGAUGGCCAGGGCAAGGACAGAAUGUGGGGAACUGGCAGCAGCAGCAACCUCAGGGCGGUUCCAGACCAGGGCAGUCAGCACCUGAGCAAAGAAACUGGCAGCAGAGCCAAGGUCAAGGACAAGGUGGUUGGCCUCCAGAGCAAAGGAGUGCUGAAAGGGGUGUGAAAGAAGACUGGCAGCAAGGUCCUGAUAAGGCUAACUGGCAAGCUAACCGCGAUCCGAAUGCAGACAGACAGUUAAUGGGUCAGUCACAGGAGCAGACAGGUCGAGGCUGGCAGCAGGGUCCAGAACAGCAUCAGGGUCCAGACAGACAUGCACCACCAGGUCCAGAAAACUGGCAGCCAUCGCAAGAACAUGAUGACCUGAACCAAGACACAAAAAGACCAGAACAGAGAAAAGGUUUUGGAGCUUGGGAUCGUGAUCAGGGUCCUGGCCAACAAAGGUGGCAAGAUAAUCAAGAGCAAGGCAAUUGGAAGCAAACUCCUCAGGGUCCCAGACAGCCACCCAGCAACUGGCAACAAGGAGACCAAGACCAGAGAAAAGUAUCUCAGGGAGGAGACAGCUGGCAGCAAGGUCAGAACAAGUGGCCACCACAGCAGCAGCAGUGGGCAGAAGGAGGUCCAGAGCAGUCAAGGCGACAAGAGGGUGGUCCUGGUGGUGGUGGUCCUCCUGGUCCUCGUCAGACUGGAAGACAAGAUGACUCUUCUUUCUCCAGCCAUGGAAGCAGAGCUCCACUAAUGGACAGACCGGGUGGACAACAGACAUUUGAUUCUGGUCAGGAAAGAUGGAGAGAUCAAGGUAACUUUGAUGCACCGGACGCUCCUAGGAAAGAUGGACCCGGUCGAGAUAACUAUUCCAGGCAGGGUGAUGGUCGAGACAUGGAUCGAUUCGACAGAAUGGGUGGAAGCCAGGGUUCAGAUUCUGACAUGCGGGGUGAAUCACGAGGUUUCGGUGACAGACGCGAGAAUUCUCGAGGAAGUGAUCGUUUUGAUAGAGGCCGAAGUAAUCGUGAUUCUGAUCGACAUGGCGGAUCGCAGUAUGACAGAGGUGGUGAGGGUCGAGGAUCUAGUUUUGACCGUCGUGGAGGAGGCUCACGGAAAUUUGAUAGCGACCGAGGUGGCAAAAGUGGUGAAACUGACAAAUUUGGAAGAGAAAUCCGCUCAGAUGGUGACCGAUACAGCAGAAAUCGAGAUUCAGACACAGAACGGUCCUCGGGACGGGGUGGAGAUUCUUCUAGGUAUGGGAGAAACCAGAGUUCUGAUGCAGAUAGAUACGGCAGAGGCCAGGACUCCGAUUCCGACAGACGAAGCCGAAGUACGGGUUCCGACAGAUACAGUCGUGAUGCCGAUCGAUAUUCACGGGAUCGUGGGUCGGAUUCUGAUAGGUUCGGUGGUGCUCGUGGGUCUGAUAGUGCUCGCACCACAGACAAUGACAGACGUAGUAAUAGAGGUCCUGAUAGUGAAAAGCAGUCCCACGGUCGUCGAUCGGACUUUGAUAGAAACGAGGGAUCCAGAAAUUCAGAUCAGUCCAGGAGGCCAAACGAUGUACCGCCAAAUCAGCAAGCCCAAAGCAGGAUGAAACCAGAAAGUAAAGCUUCAGCACCAAGUUCAGCUGACAAGUCUGAAGCGUCUGCAGAAGACAGGCCAAGGAGGAGAAAAAGUAAGUGGGAUACUCCCAGUGAAGACGCAGGUUUGGCCGAUAAAAGUGAAGCUGCGCCGUCGGUAACGAUUAAACAGGAGCCAGGUGAACCGAUUGGCGACCAAAACAACAAGCAGAUGGACACUUCUGUUAAAAGUAGCCCAGUCAAAAUUGAGAAAAAUCAGCCACCAGCUGAAAGCAAAUCUAUGGACGAUUCUAAGAAAAACCAACAGGACGAAAAUAUAAUGCAAGAUGACACAAACAUGCCUCCCACUGACAUUCGGGCUGGUGACCUAGGGCAGCACCAGAUGCCCAUGAAAGGCAUGCCUGGAGGUUUCUCACCUCCACCGCCAUUCCAAGCCAGACACCCACACCCAUCAGGAGGUCCUCCUCCAAGGGGACCUCCAGGGGGCCCACCGAGAGGUCCACGGAAUCCUGGCGAUGGCCCCUCACAAGGAUUCGGUUUUGGUGGACCACGGCCCUUCAGGCACAGAGGUCCAGGUCCGCAGCAGUUUGAUGGGCCCCGCGGACCCAGAGGUCCUCCAGGAGCACAGUGGAACCGUCCUCGAUUUGGUCCCGGUGGUCCAAGCCCUCGGGGACCAGGUGGACCGGGCGGUCCAGGCCCUCGACCCCUGCUGUCACUUAGAGGAUUGGGACCAGGUGAUCGCUUCCAAAGACCUGGCGGUAGAUUCCCAAGACCUUUUUGAAUUGCUGCCUCAGUAUGACAUUUUAUCGUUAUUAAUCAUUUUACUUGCACAAUGAAUUUUUUGUUCAUGAAUAGUCGUUAAAAUUUUAUUUGGGGACUUCUUCUGUUUUUUAGAAAUUCUCUGAUGUUGAGGUAUAUACUUCACAUAUGUUAAAAAAAAAAAAGAAUCAUCUUCAUGCAGUAGUGAAACCAAAUAUUGUAGUGCAUUCAGUGACUAAGAUUUUAUUACAUUCGAAGUUUAUUGAUGAUCAUGUUGAACCCAUUUUCAGAAUACCUUGAUGUCCCACUUGUUUUAUGUCUGUAACAAUAAAUAUUAAAAAAUGUUA